UCCACACUAAUCAUCAGGGGGAAAACUAAUAAUAUAAAGGUAACUUGACCAAGAUUUUAUUAAUUGAGACCAAAAUGCAAGCCCCAGUUUGGUGCCCUCGGCUAGCCAAUCUGUUUUCUCGUUCACGCCACACAACAAACAGUUUGCGUGCAUUCUCAUCAUCAUCUUUUCCUAACCAGUCUCGCGGUGGCCUUCCCCGCUUCUACUCCGAUAAGCUGCCUCCUUCCAAGGAUGGCGUUGUUCGUGUUAAAGGUGAUGAAUUCUGGCACAUGACUAGGGUCUUGCGGUUGACAAUUCAUGAUAGGGUAGAACUAUUUGAUGGAAAAGGAGGAUUAGUUGAAGGAUGUAUACAGAACAUUGAUCAGAAUGGAUUGGAUAUUGUGGCUCUUGCGAAUCCAAAGUCAGUAUCUCCACAUAACACACAGUGGCAUGUCUAUGCUGCAUUUGUUCCUGUAUUAGGUACUCUGAAGGGAGGCCGGGCCGAUUGGCUUGUGGAGAAAUGUACAGAGCUAGGAGCCUGUAGUGUGACCCCCUUAUUGACGGAACGGUGUCCUUCAAUAUCAGAAAAUCGUGUGGACAGAUUACAACGUGUCAGUUUUGCUGCAGCUAAACAAUGCCAACGGCUGCAUGAAAUGAUUCUAAAUCCUCCUAUAAAAGUUGGUGGACUUUUACCUCUUGUGAAAAAUUCAAAGCUUUCAUUUAUUGCCACAGCAGAAGGUAAACCAGUUUUAAGUGCAUUAAGUUCCAUCAAUAAAGAAUCAGCUGGACUGAUGAUAAUUGGACCAGAAGGAGACUUCACAGAGAGAGAGUUAAACGUGAUUCUUGAGUCUGGGGCAACUGCUGUUGGUCUUGGACCACAUCGUUUACGAGUUGAAACUGCUACAGUGGCUCUUUUGUCAGCAUUAAUGUUGUGGUGUGACGACCAGGAGAUAUUCAAGGUCUAGCAAGCUGGCAGGUUGAAGCGCGGAUAUCUCUCCCUCUUUAAGGAGAUUCAAGUCCACUGCGGUAUAAUCUACACCGAUCCAGCAGUAAUACUCUUGGUUUGUCCCCUCCAGAAUACAACAGCCCAACAACAUUGUACAAUUCAAGUAACUCCGGAUUAGUUGAAGAGUUCAAAGCUCAACAAAAGAACACCUUCCUUCAACAUAUAUAUAUAUAUAUAUACUCUCUUUUAUAUAGUGAAUAUAGUUGAAGACUUAGAAUAUUUUCUUUUCUCAACUCUCUCUUUCACUACUAUACAUUACAAUAUUUCCACACUAAACAUAUAUUCAUCUCAUCUUUUUUUGUCAUAUCAAUUACAAAGGAAGAAACACCACUAUUUAUAGGUGAAGAAGUCUUCCAUAUAAUCAAUGGGUAGAAUGAGUGGUAGUAAUGUAAGUAGAUGAAUGUGAUAGAUGUUACAAGAAACUUAUGGUCACAUGAGUUACACGAAACUAAUGGCCAUGAGAUUUACAAGAACUAAUGGUCAUUAUAUAAGUUACAAAAAUCAAUAGUCAUCUUCUACCACAAUUUAUAUCCACUAACAUAUGCACUUAAUAUUUUAUUUUAAUAAUAAAAUGCAUAUACACCAACACUAUGUUUAUUGAGAAAGAAUUAAUAAGUUUCUUCCUGACCCACCACUCCUGAUUGAUCGUUGAUCAUUAGCUGAAGAGGUUGAAUUGUAUGACA